UCACUUCAGUUCCAUCUACUUCCAUCAUGACGGGGAGUACUCUGGGUUCGGGCCAAAGUUUCCGAGCUCGGAGCCCUCCUCCGGACAGCACGCCAAAUAUGCAUAACUCUUACUGUACUUAAAUAUAUGUAAAUGUGAACUCAUGAAGUUUAAUGAUGUUAUUCUGUGCUGCUUUAACUUCCCGCGCUUUUCUUCUCUGAACCCCAUCAACGAAUUAGAACUGAAUUAAUUCUGGACAACUGUCCGUAUUUAUUAUUCGUUGUUAUUCAUUGUCAAAUGUUUUGCAGCUUUGCCCGGUAAUUCCUAUUAAACAUUUAAUUGAUUACAGUUGUUGAUUAUAAUUAUUGUGUAAUGUGGGUACAGUGAUGAAACUAACCUGAGCUGUAGCGAACUUCUAUGACAAAACAUGGACAGAUUCCCUCAGUAUUACUUCAUCUACUCCACCGCUGCUUUUUGUUCCCCAGAUUUUUAAUCGCGGUUUCGCUUAAAAACGCCAUAUGGCCGUUUCUGUAGCGCGCUCGAGCUUUUAAACAAGCAUUUUAAAAAGAGCGCGACUCCGUUACUAGGGCAACGGUGACGUUGACGUCCACUCUCACGCCUAACGGUCAUUCUGUCCCAUCAUGCCUCUGAUGUUAAGCUUCUCAGUUAUUUCUUGUGACGCGUUGGUUUGGUUUUAUUUAAGUAAUUCUGUGAAGAGUUUAUGAACGACGUGUACCAAAAUGUUUGCCCUAGUUAACGCCCACUAAUCGCUGUUGAACUGAUCUGGAGCGGAAAGUGUUUGAUUAUAUGAGAUUUGUCUCGGGCUGAAAGUUAGUUUUCACAUUUACUGGACUGUAAAGAGAGUUUUCUGUCACACCAUCGUUGCUUUGAUCAGCUAUGGCACUUUUGAAGACAUUUAGGCAAAUCUAAGGGUUUGAAACGCAUCCGUUCUCAAAAGCAGCAGGUCCGUUUGAGAGCAGCAUGGCGAACGAGUCUCUGUCCGCAGGCGUCAUCUGUGAUCAGGAGAUCAAGAGGGAAUAUGAGCUCGUCCCAGCUGUCACCUGCUCCACCUGCUUCGCUCUCGGCCUCAUUUACUGCUUCUGCGGUUACCGCUGUUUUAAGCUGGUGAUGUUCCUGUCGGGCCUGGCGUUUGGCUCUGGCGUCGGACACCUGCUGUGUCUGCAGGAGCGGCUGCUGGACGGUCAGACGCGCGCGGCCGUGUCUCUGGGCGUGGGGUUUCUGCUGGCGCUCGUGGCGGUGCUGGUGCGCAGCGUCGGACUCUUCCUCACUGGUCUUCAGCUGGGGUCGCUGCUCUCUGUCGCCGCCCUGCUGCUGCUGGGGCAGUAUUACCCCAUAUUUAACCCGGCAUGGGUUCCGGUCGGAGCGGUCCUAGGAACCAGCGUUUUCUUCGCCGUGAUCACGCUGUGCUGGAGGAAGGCCAUGACGGUCGCAGCUACGGCGGCGGUCGGGUCUGCCGUGGCUGUGGCGUGUGUGGAUUACUGGGUGGAGAUGCCCAUGUUGGUGUCCCGGGCGUAUGAGGGUCUGCAGAGACGCCAGGGCUUGUGCUGGUACAGCUGGGCAGUGAUUGGGAUCUGGCCUGUACUUGGAGCACUGGGAACGCUGGUCCAGUGCAGAAUCACAGCCGCUGACGUGACGGGUAAACAGAAGCAGCUGGAUCUAACGAGGAUCGGACGGACACACGACCAAGGAACGUGUCGCCGCAGACCGCCGGUCCUCCAGCGCUACACAGGAGACGUGCUGGCCCCGAGUUAUCUGGCGAGUUUGCGAGAGCGGCAGACGAACACGGGCUCGUCACUCUGGAGUUUGACUUCCGUUCAUCACACCAUAAUUGACUUCGAUUCUGAAACGGGAUCAUUGGUUCCUCUCACAACUUCACCGUCGGCUCUUCUCCGACUGUAAUGCGAUCAUGUGACCGGAGAAGGAGGAUCUGUGGAUUUUCAUAGACAGGUUUUCUGGACUCUUCAUUCUUUCAUUCAUCCUUGCACUUUGUCGCUGAUCUCAGCGUCUCAACACUCUGGACGUAUGGUCAGUCCAUCACAGGACUCACACACACAUUCACACUUACAGACUAUUUAGCGUCUACAAUUCGCCUGUCCUGCAUGUCUUUGGAUUGUGGGAGAAAGCGGAGCACCGGAGGAAACCCACACCAACACGGGGAGAACAUGCAGACUUCACACAGAAAGACCUUCUGGCUCCGCUGGGACUCGAACCGUGGAGAACAGUGGCUUCUCCCAUCAUCCCCUGUGAGGUGCCAUUAACUGAGGGGCGAAUUCAUUCAGCACUGAACACGGCAUCAUUUCUUAUUCACAAGACACUUUGAUUACAUUGAGAUGUUUGCAAAAACAUUUAUAUAUAUAUAUACAGUGCUGGGUAGAUUACUUGCAAAUUAUAGUUCGUUACUGACUACAAAAUACAUGACGAAAAUUGUAGUUAGUAAUGUAAUCUAGAUUAUUAAUUUUAGGUAAUGUAUUCUAUUUUUUUAUUACUUUUAGAUAGAUAGAAAGCAGUGUAACUCCACCUUGUCACUCCUUGUGGACACUGUAGUUAUAUAUAAAAUUUCACACUUGAAAAUAGCUGUUGCUGAAUUUUGAUUGGCAAGUGUUAGCAGAAUUUUUGAUUCAUAUGUUAAGCAUAUGUUAGCAGAAGAAGAUGUUACAUUUGUAACUUUGAUUAAGCAGUUGUGAAGUUGUAUUGUUUUUGUGGCGCCCCCUAUUGGCAGAACUGGCACAAUGUCCUGGUGCUUAUGGGUACUUACAAAAUGAAUGAUGUUCUCUUGCUGAGUGCACUAAAACAUGUGACUCGUGUCAUUUGUGUCAUUCACUCCAAACUGUGCCAAAACCUCCUGUGCUGUUAGUGGUUCAGUAUCAUAAGAGCGCUCCAUGUGACUAAUGAUCUAAUGAUGCUUUAUAUAAGAAACAGACUCAAAAAUAUAUAGAUUCUCAAUUCAAGCAUGAAUAGGAUGAACUGUGAAGAACACUUUUAUGGUGCCUUUUUGGCACUAAUGGAGCUUUUUUCAUUGUCCAAAAACAGCACAUCAUGGACCCAAUGCAUUAUUAUCCUUUUGUGUUCCACGGAAAAGUGAAAGUCACGAGGGUUUGGAACAACACGAUUCCUUUAAACUAUUCCUUUAAAUGUGAAAUUAGAUGCAUUUAUCUCAGUCGUCACUGAUAAUGAUGCUAUUUCCACCAAUGAAAACAUUUACACUUAGUUUCAGUCCUUUUUAUUAAUAUUAAUACAGAUGAUUAAUGAGCCACUAAUACACCUGUUGCUUCAGUCAUGUAUCAUGUUAGAGAAAGAGAGACUACUAAUAAACUGCUGACAAUGA